AUGGCCAUGGAUAGUCAUAGCUGUUCACAAGAUGGAGCAGCAUAUCCUUGCUCUUCCGUAACCCAGUCUGACUGCUAUGUGAGUUUAUACUUACCGACCGCUUCAGUGAAAAGGAUGAAGACACAGACCAUCAAAGAUUCUAAGGAUCCCGUGUGGAAUGAAACUUUUCACUUCAGAAUUCAGAACAAAGUAAAGACUCCUGGAAAGAUGAGGCGGGAGGAGCAAAGCAAGCCAGAGGGCAAGGAGGAACUAGAAGUUGAAUUCACAAUGGAGAGCAGCCCGGAUGUUCCAGAAAAAAUUCUUACCAAUGGAGUCUUAGUGUCUCGUGAAGUUGCCUGUUUAGAAGUUCAAGUGAAUGGGGGAAGAAGAAAAGGUAUCUUAACAGACAGAAAUUUUACUCUUUCAGUGGAUGGAUCCUAUGAAGAAGCUGAAAAUCUCCGUUUAGGUUACUGGCUUUGCCCUGCUUCUCCUGCUAAAUUUCACUAUAUUAAAUAUAACCAAUCAGACCUUAACAUUGAAUUGCCAAGACAGUUCUGUGCAAUUUCCAGACAAAGCAAUGAAUCAACAACUGUUCCUUUGAACUCACUUCCAAUAAAUGAGAAAGUGACGAUAACACCGGACAAAAUAUUUGAUUUGAGUGUGAAGGCAAAGGAAUGGACCCAGGGGCUGUUUUGUAGAAGACCAAAAGCUCUUGAUGUGCGCCUAGGAUAUGGUCUGUGCUCAGAUGAAAACAAUUUCCUGCAGAAACGAAAGAAAGUGGUAGCUGCCGCUCUGAAAAGUAUUCUUCCUUUAGGGCAAGACCUGAAUGACCAUGAAAAUAUUUUGGAGCUGAUUGUUCAUGAUGAAAACCACUGCCUUUUGGAUGGCCAGCCCUUUACUGUUCUCUUUGAUGUUGCUAAACUUCAGCUUGGAGAAACAAUUUGCGUCACAUUUCCAUUGGAUCCAAAAAUUCAAGAAAAUCUGGAGGUAGAAUUUAGUCUGGAAAAUAUGCAAAAAGAGCUUGAUGUGCGUUUAGACUACGAACUGUGUCCAGAUGAGCAAGUAUUUAUACAGAAAAGGAAGAAAAUUGUAGCAGAUGCCCUGAAAAGGGUUCUUUGCAUGGACAAUGAUUUGCAAGAUCAUGAGGUACCUGUGGUGGCUAUCAUGGCCACAGGAGGUGGAGCUCGGGCAUUUACAGCUUUACAUGGCCAUUUACUUGGUCUUCAGAAACUGAAUCUCUUAGACUGCUUCACGUACAUUUCUGGAUCUUCUGGUUCUACUUGGACACUUUCAAAUCUGUAUGAAGAUCCUGGUUGGUCACAGAAGGAUCUUUUGGGACCAAUUGCAGAAGCUCGCAAAAACAUGUCCAAAUGCAAGCUGGAUUGCUUUACAUUAGACCACUUAAAAGAAUACCGUGAUAUUCUGAAGCAGCGGAAAGAGGAUGGCUACAAAACUUGCAUUACUGAUAUCUGGGGACUUUUUAUUGACCAAGCAUUAGGAAAUGGGAGAAAUGUUUGCACACUUUCAGAGCAGAAGCAUGCCCUGAAUCAUGGUCAGAAUCCUUUGCCCUUGUAUAUGGUCCUCAACACCAGGGACAAAUAUAGCCUUCAAGAAUUUAAAGAAUGGAUGGAAUUUACUGCUUUUGAGGUUGGAUUAUUAAAAUACGGUGCCUACAUUCGUGCUGAAGACUUUGGAAGCAAAUUCUUUAUGGGUCGAAUGAUGAAAAAGCUCCCAGAAUCUCAAAUCUGCUUCAUGAAAGGUAUGUGGAGUAAUGUGUUUUCCUAUAACCUCUUGGAUUCAUGGCGUGGAAUUGACAGUUCAGAAGACGGUUUUUGGUACUAUUAUACCCAGGACAAAAUAAAGCAAAUAGAAGAAAAACCACCUCUGCCACCAGUACCAGGAGCAGUGGAUACUUACCUAGUCAUGCCUAUACAUAAAAUUAUGAAGUUACUUCGUGAUGUCAUAACAGAGCGUGUAACAACAUCAAAGGUCUACAAUUUCUUAAAUGGAUUCCAAUUAAACAAUGGAUAUCUAGAGAAUAAGAAUUUUUAUAUCUGGAAAGACACUGUACUGGACACUUUUCCCAACCAGUUGAUGACCCCAUUGGAAUAUCUGAGCCUUAUAGAUACAGCUGCCUUUAUAGACACCAGCUAUGCACCACUGAUGAGACCAGAGAGAAAAGUGGAUGUCAUUAUACAUUUGAAUUAUUCUACAGGCUCACAAACAGCAGUGAGAUGA